UGAUGCUUUCCAAGACCCACUUGACUUCACAUUCCAGGAUAUCUGGCUCUAGAAAUCUGCAUGGAGAGUUUGCUACUGAAUGUGACCUUUGCCAGCUUGAAGAAAAAAGAGAACAGCUGUUACUAGGAGAGAGUGGAAGGAAAGAAUGUUGUUCCUGGCCAGCUGGCACUGUGUGCCUUUCUGGAGCAGUAACAACAGCUUCCAUGCCUAUGGCUGUUCUAAAUUUGGGCCAAAUAGAUCCAUUUCAGAGAGGCUUUUUCUGUAAAGACAACAGCAUCCAGUAUCCGUACCAUGACGGUACCAUCACAACCACUGUCCUCAGCACAGUGGGACUUGGUUUACCCAUUUCCUCUAUGAUUGUUGGAGAAACCCUGUCUGUUUACUUUAACCUCUUGCACUCGAAUUCCUUUAUCAGGAAUAACUACAUAGCCACUAUUUACAAAGCCAUUGGAACAUUUUUAUUUGGUGCAGCUGCUAGUCAGUCCCUGACUGAUAUUGCCAAGUAUUCGAUAGGCAGACUGCGGCCUCACUUCUUGGAUGUUUGUGACCCAGACUGGUCAAAAAUCAACUGCAGUGAUGGUUACAUUGAAAACUACAUAUGUCGAGGGAAUGCACAAAAAGUGAAGGAGGGCAGACUGUCCUUUUAUUCGGGCCACUCUUCAUUCUCCAUGUACUGCAUGAUGUUCGUGGCGCUUUACCUUCAAGCCAGAAUGAAGGGAGACUGGGCAAGACUUUUACGCCCUACACUGCAAUUUGGUCUUGUUGCUGCAUCCAUUUAUGUGGGCCUUUCUCGAGUUUCUGAUUACAAACACCACUGGAGUGAUGUGCUGACUGGACUCAUUCAAGGAGCUCUGGUUGCAGUAUUAGUUGCUGUAUAUGUAUCAGAUUUCUUCAAAAAGAGAAAUUCUCCUUUUAAAGAAAGAAAAGAGGAGGAUUCUCAUACAACUCUGCACGAAACACCAACGACAGGGAAUCACUAUCGGAACAGUCACCAGCCUUGAAGGUGGCAGAGUGCCCAGAUGAAGCUGGCCUGCUUUCUAAAGAAAAGUGAUUGCAACCAGAAGGCAAGAGGAUGCGUCUUUCUUCCCGGUGUACAAGCCUUUAAGGGACUGCUGCUACUAUACCUCUUGGAUGCCUACUUUACCUGUGUGUAUAUAGUUACAUUUAACACAAUGGUUACCUAAUAGCUCUAAGUUCAUUUAAAAAAAUUUCAAUGGCCUUUCACUAAAACAAUGCCCCACCUGUACAUUUUUUUUAUUAAAAAAUGUAAUGCUUAUGUACAAAUGUGUAUGCAAUAUGCUUUCUUAGAAUGAUGCUUGAUUUAAAUAUAAUACAUAUUAAAAUGUUUCAGGACAACUGUCUUGAGAUGGGAAAACCAAAUCAAUACUUAUAGGCGUUUGUAGUUGAUUGUAAUCAGACAGGUGGAGAACAAUUUACAAUUCCACAUUCCUUAGCUGACUGUUUAUAAGUAGAGGCUGGCGGCAAACACAAUAUCUCUCUUGAUUUUGGUGAUUCCUAAGAGAAAAGAAAAUAUGAUUUAAAUUUUCAAGACCACAAAGAAUGUAAUGCCCAUCCACUGGGGUUUUAAACAGUACUCAUUAAAUUGGUGAGAAGACAGUAUGGAAAAUACAAAACCCUUGCUGGUCUGAAAGACACCUAGAGGAGUUCAUAACCAUCUCUGAGAAAUGGGAAACUUUGAAACCAGACCCCUGUUCUUAUGAAUCCUGACUCUAAAAGUACACCAUGUGUGUAGGGGCUGGGGGUGUCCAAAAUUACUUUAAAAGACUUGAAAGGAAUAAGCUGUCAAAAGAAGUUAGUUACCCAAAAGCAUGAAUUUUCAGCCUACAAUGGAAGGCACUAUAUUUCAGUUACCAUGUGAAAUUCUUUCUGGGCUAAGGCAGGACAAAGUUUUCGAAAGUUUACAAAAAGUAGACUUAAACCCACAGUGAUUAAAUAGGUCUGCUCUAUUUAACAACGUUGAAAAUGUAAGCCAGUUUCUGCAAACUUCUUAGAACACUAAGUAGAUAGUGAAAUCAGUAGGUUUGACUGUGGGCAACCAACUCAGAGCAGCACCGCGUCUGCUAUUCUUUGGUGUUUUAAGUCCUUUUUCUCAGCCAACAUACAGAUGGCAUGAAAUUAUUUGCAAGCGUGUGUGCCUCCCCCCAUCACUACCACCAUGAUCUAGCCAGCCUUUCCUGAGUUGGUCAUCCUGCUUCCAACCGAGCUCAUCUACAGACUUGCCUACAAAGCACCAGCAAGAGCUGCCUGGUGAAACCCAUGUCAGAGCACACCACUCCUGUGCCCAAAACCUCCAAUCACUUCAGAGGAAAAAGCGGAGUGCUGGGGCCUACAGGACCAUUCUUUUCUUCUUCCAGCCCCUACUGUUCCAUCACUGUUCACUGUGCUCCAGCCACACUGGCCUGUUGCUCAAGUACAUCAAGUAAAUAUGGAGGGACUCUAGGCCAUCAUAUCCAUCUUUCAAGUCUCUAUUGUCUCUUCCUUUGUUUGUAUCACUACCUGAUGUAUUUUAAUUGUUGACCUGUUUACUGUCCACCUCCCUGCACUAGAAUGUGAGCGCCAUGAAGGCAGGGGUUUGUGUCUUUUUUUGUUCACUGCUGUAUUCCUUGGUGCUUAAACCAAUGCCUGGCACACAAUAAGUGCACAAUAAAUAUUUUGAAAUUUUA